AGAGGAUCACCAAGGUAAUGGCAGCGACGGGACGGUGCGGGUGAUCGAUGGUGGUUACGACGGGGACGGAAACCGAUUUGUUAUACAAGUAGGGACUAAAUGAUCUCCGGAGACCCCGCCUGCCACCAUACCUUUAGUCCCGAUUUGUAUCACAAACCAGGGCUAUAGGUACAAAAUGAACCGGGACUAAAAAUGUCCGUGCCCCGAUCGUUUCUAGCCGUUGAAAUCGAAACUAAUAAUUACAUUAAUCCCGGACCGAAAUCAAAUCAAAACUAAUGAUUCAAACAUAAGAUCCGUUUUUUACUAGUGACAAAUAACCAUUACAUAAGCACGAAAACAAAUGGGUGAGGCCUAAAGCAUAAGGAUUUGUCUUCAGGCCCGAAUGCAAACAUAACGAUAGUGGCCCACGUGAACUUGCUACGGUGAGUGGCAUUGGGACUGCCCUUAAUUUGAGGCAUAUUUUCUUUGGAAAAAAUGUGCUUUUAAUCAUUCAGUAGGAACUUCCCUGCUCGAUGCCGGCUAAUAUUGUUGAAAUUGACAGAGAAUUUCCCGGAAAAGUUGACGAAGAUGAGCGGGAAAAUACAAGAAGAGAAAGACCCAUCCAUGGUUGCCGAUAAGCUUUGAUUAGGCCAAAACAAAAGCCGCGGCAGCCAUAUAUGGGGAUGGGGGCAUGGGCACAGUGCACGCCAAAGGGUAAGCUAAAACGUGUUGGCGUGCAUGCAGCCUCCGCUGUCCGGCGCGCCCGUCACCCUCGCCGCUUCCGACACGUCCCCCCCUCCACGCGUCCCUGACCACCCGUCUCCUCUCCUCUCCUCCCCCGGCCCUAUAUACGCCCCCGCGCCGCUACCCAUCCUCUCCUUCUGUCCUCCCAACCAUCGCGACGAGAGCAAUAAUAGCAGCUCCAAUGGUGGCCGAGGCCAUGGGCGUCUGAGCCGCGCGCCGAGGCCUGCGGGCGCCAUUGAUGAGAGCAGCUGCAUCACCCUUCACGGCCGGACGCGAUGUCCCUUGUGGCUGCGGCGGCCGCCGUGAGGCCCUCGCCAGUGGCUCCUUCCCCGGCGGUGCCGUACGGGAUGUGCGGUGGCGGCGCGAGGAAGAGGAAGGACGUCGUGCACUACCAUGAGGAGGACGAGGACGAGGAGGAGGUGCAGCAGGGGAGGCGGCUUGGCGGUGUCGGUGAGGGCCACGGGCUGUUCGUGCUGGAGACGGUGGAGGAAGAGGAGGAAAGGGAGGCCGAAAACGAGCGCUCCUCCAUUGGCCCCGUCUCCGAGGGGGACGAGGAGGAAGGGGAGGAGGCGGAGAGCGCCAGGGAGACGCCGCCGUGGCAGCGGAGGACGAAGAAGAGCGCCGGCGGGCUCGCGAGCCUCGACGCCCUCGACGACGCCCUCCCCGUCAAGCGGGGCCUGUCGAGCUUCUUCUCCGGCAAGUCGCGGUCGUUCGCGAACCUGCAGGACGUGGCGGUCGCCGGCACCACCAGCAGCAAGGACGUGCUGGCCAAGCCGGAGAACCCCUUCAACAAGCGCCGCCGGAUCCUGCGCUGCUGCUCCAUCCGGCGGGUCUCCUCCACCUCGCUCACCGCGCUGCCGCCCUUCCAGCCGCCCGAGCCGUCCUUCAACAUCGGCAACGACGGCGUCAUCAACGGCGGCGGCGGCUGAUCAUCAACCGAUCCCGGAACGCGUACGUACGUACGUACCUACGUGCACCGAUGAGAUCAGAUUGAUCGACCGAUCGAAAAGAGAAAAACACAUGCAUAUUUAUGCAUGCAAGUUGCAAAGGGAAUUAGUAAUGGAAACUACUCUACUAGGGAGGAGAGAGACAAGAUGGAUGGAUGGAUGGAUGGAUGGAUCCCACUUUGUAAUAGUCCGGGAUCUCGCUCAUCUCGGCUCACAUCAACAACAAUGGCCGCCUAGAGCUUAGGUUUUUCUUAAUUCUUUUACUAGAUGCUAGUAGUUGCAUUUGACAUGCAAAAAGAGGGAGAGAGAGCACCAAACAUGGUGCAUGUGUCGUCGAUCCUAGCCUACAAAACAAGCUAUAUAUGCCAGUUGAAAUAUACAAAUAUCUCAAUUGAGACAAGCUAGCCUGAUUAACCUUUUCAA